CACCCCUUAACCCCCCGUCCGCCUGUCUGUGGGUCUGCCCGGGUUAGCGAGCCAGCUGGCUGGGGUCAGGCUGGGUGGGGUGAGAGCUAAGGAAUUUCCCUGGUUUCUUUUCGUGCCGGGUUGGGGGUAGGGGGCUCAGGGCUGAUCCAGCCACCGAAGGGUGGGGAAUCCCAGUGAGAUUGGGCCCGGCGAGCUGCCUCAUCUCCCGGCUGGGGAAGCCAGGACCAAACCCCCAGCCGCCUUGUUCGUCUCCCCAUCCCUCCCAUCCCCCCGCAAACCUCUCAUCUCUGUCCCCCGUGGAUCCAGAUCACGGAUCGAGGAAGCGGUUGCUCUGAGUGUGCCAGCCCGCACCAGAUGCCGGCUUGCCUCCCCGCCAGACCUCGGCCUGGUUCUGUCAAGCCGCAUAUCCUUCGUCCCUUCCUGCACUGAACUCCGGAGCAAAUGGGGCUUGAGCUGAUGUCUGCCCCUCCCGCCAGCUCGCCCUCCUGCUGCUCUCGCCGCCGCCGCCGCCGCCGCAGCAGCAGCGUUGGGAUAGGGCUUGCCGAGGCCGAAGGCGGAGGACCCAGCGAGGGCAACGCGGACUAUGGCGGACGCCGACGAAGCCUUUGGUCUCCCCCAUACGCCCCUGGAGGCCGAAUCUAAGGAGAUGCCUCCCGAGGCCAAGCAGGAGAACCCUCUGGGGAGCAGCAGCAAAGCCCCCGCGUCCCCUCAGGCGGCUUUCACCCAGCAGGGCAUGGAGGGGAUCAAAGUGUUUUUACACGAGCGAGAACUGUGGCUGAAAUUUCAUGAAGUGGGGACCGAAAUGAUCAUCACUAAAGCAGGAAGGCGUAUGUUCCCCAGUUACAAAGUCAAGGUCACUGGACUGAAUCCCAAAACGAAGUACAUCCUGCUCAUGGAUAUUGUACCAGCUGACGACCACAGAUACAAAUUUGCAGAUAAUAAAUGGUCUGUGACUGGGAAAGCAGAGCCUGCCAUGCCUGGACGGCUGUAUGUGCACCCCGAUUCUCCAGCCACAGGUGCCCACUGGAUGCGGCAGCUGGUCUCUUUUCAGAAACUGAAGCUCACCAAUAAUCAUCUGGACCCAUUUGGACAUAUUAUACUGAAUUCCAUGCAUAAAUACCAGCCUAGACUGCACAUCGUGAAAGCAGACGAAAAUAAUGGAUUUGGCUCGAAAAACACAGCCUUCUGCACUCAUGUCUUCCCAGAGACGGCUUUUAUCGCUGUGACCUCCUACCAGAAUCACAAAAUCACCCAAUUAAAGAUCGAGAACAAUCCUUUUGCCAAAGGAUUCCGGGGAAGCGAUGAUAUGGAGCUUCACAGAAUGUCAAGAAUGCAAAGUAAAGAGUAUCCAGUGGUUCCCAGGAGUACAGUGAGACAGAAGGUCACUGCCAAUCAUAGCCCCUUUAGUGGGGAGGCCCGAGUUCUUGCAACCUCUUCCAACUUGGGAUCCCAGUACCAGUGUGAGAAUGGCGUCUCCAGUACCUCCCAGGAUCUGCUACCCCCUCCCAACCCAUACCCACUGUCUCAGGAGCAUGGCCAAAUUUACCAUUGCACCAAGAGAAAAGAUGAGGAAUGUUCCACCACUGAUCAUCCCUACAAAAAGCCCUACAUGGAGACGUCCCCCACCGAAGAAGAUCCCUUCUAUAGGUCCAGUUACUCCCAGCAGCAGGGGCUGAAUCCCUCCUACAGGACUGAGUCUGCCCAACGCCAAGCCUGCAUGUAUGCCAGCUCUGCUCCCCCCACAGACUCCGUGCCCAGCCUGGAAGACAUUAGCUGUAAUACGUGGCCCGCCAUGCCUUCGUACAGCAGCUGUACAGUGACCGCCAUGCAGUCUGUGGAUAGACUCCCCUACCAGCAUUUCUCAGCCCACUUCACUUCGGGGCCCUUGGUGCCCCGUUUGGCUGGGGUGGGCAAUCACAGUUCCCCCCAGCUCGGGGAGAGCAUGUUUCAGCACCAGACGUCCGUCUCCCAUCAGCCCGUGGUUCGGCAGUGUGGGCCGCAGACCAGCCUCCAGUCCCCUGGCAGCAUACAGCCUGCCGAGUUCCUGUACUCCCACGGGGUACCGCGAACCCUCUCUCCUCAUCAGUACCACUCUGUCCAUGGGGUGGGCAUGGUGCCAGAGUGGAGUGAGAACAGCUAAGACUGAGCAAGGGACUUUGAUGGCAGACAUGAAAGACAAGGGAGAAUGAGAGACAGAAACCUUAUUUGGCAAGAUUUCCUCAAAGCGGACCCUCGCGCCAAUUGGACGCUGAUUUGAAACCACAAUUCAAAAAAUGUGACUUCUUUGUUUUGUUUCAAAAACUCAAAAAAAAAAUCCAACCCCACUGAAAAAACAAACCUGCUCCGUGGUUCCCUCUCCUCUCACCUUCCAACCCACCUUCUGUGUCUACCCUGAGGCCUGAGCUGCGUUUCUGCAUCUCAACACCAAAGCUGUAACUAGGGUAGGCCAACCAGAGCUUGGCCCCCAGGUGCCCUGGUUUAGAGGGCAUAGCCAGCUCUUGCAGUCAAUCAAUCAACACAUCAAGUCAACAAACAUUCAGUAAGUGCUUACAAUGUGCUAAUUAACACUGUGUUAAUUGCUGAGGAUACAAAGAAAGGUGAAAACAACCCAAUGACCUCAAGAAACUCACAUUCUAAUGGGGGAGACAUAUUAAAGUGCCUACUAUGUACCAGGCACUGUGUUAGGAGCCGAGGAUACCGAUACAGAUAAUAAAGUAUUUCCGAUCUGAGACUUCCAUGAGCUCCUUCCCCUUUUUCCUUCCAUGAGCUCCUUCCCCUUUUUCCUUUGUCCCCUGGUGACCUUCAUCAUCCUCCCAGCAGUAGCCUCACCAAUGGCAAUGUUUCAGGGUCCUUGUCUCCCCCUUUCUCCCCAACUCUUGGUAACUGAUAUCAACCUUUCUUGCCACUUGCCCCAAGCACUGUUUUGGGUGCUUGUUCUUGUGUUGCGACUCUGCUCAAAACAAAUUCAACAAAUCAAGCUAAGAAUCCUUUAAAAGUGCCUACUAUGUACAAGGCACUGUGCUAGGUGCUGGUGAUACAGAGACAGAUUUUAAAAAAGGAAAGAAAA